CUCAUACAAGAACCAUACAUCAGCAAGCAGGGGAAAACGAGGGCAACACAAGGAUGGAUAGCAGUAUACCCCACACAUCAUGACCAAGAUCCCCUUCUAACAAGAGCUGUAACCCUCGUGAACAGGUCUCUAUCUACUAACUCAUGGUCUAGUGUCCCCAUGGAUACACAAGAUGCAGUGGCAAUCAGCCUACGCACGCUAGCAGAAACAAUUAUUCUCAUCAACAUUUACAGUGAC